AUGUCCGACAUUAUCAAUUGUCCUGAAAAACAGUGUAACGGGAUCUUAGAAUAUCAAGCAAUUAAAGAUUUAUUAACAAAAAAUAAUCAGAUUGAAUUAUUUGAACGUUAUGACUAUUAUUGUUUACAUGUAAGCUUAUAUCAACAACCUGAAUUUACUUGGUGUGCACACUCGUGUGGUAGUGGUCAGCUGAAUAACGAUGGUGAGAAAUAUCCAAUUAUGACAUGUAUUAAAUGUGAGAAAAAGACUUGUUUUCAUCAUCGAUUAGAAUGGCACACCGGCUACACAUGCAAAGAAUAUGAUAAAUUGAUUGGCGAAGAUGAGAAAGCGAAUCAAAAAUGGAUAGUUGCUAAUUCAAAAAAAUGUCCAAAUUCAAAUUGUAGAUAUCAUAUUCAAAAAAAUGAUGGAUGUGAUCACAUUACAUGUAAAUGCGGCUAUGAAUUUUGUUGGAUAUGUAUGGCUAAUUAUAAUCAGAUUCGUCGUGAUGGGAAUCAUAGACAUAACAAAUAUUGUCGUCAUUAUGCAAAGAGAAUACAUUCAUGCACAAUUUGCUAG